CAAUCCCAGGACCCUGAGAUCAUGACCUGAGCCGAAGGCAGAGGCUUAACCCACUGAGCCACCCAGGCGCCCCAAGGGGCAGGUUUUCUAAAUAGCGCUCAGGAAGAAUGUCUGAAGCAGAAACGCAAGUGCCCAGUUUUGAAGGGAUGCGCUCAAGGGUCUGGUACCUUUUGUGCUUCUUGCGUUUUCUCUGCCAUUUCUGGUGUGGACCAGGGUGAGGCUGGGCUGGCCGUGGGGCUGCAAAUGCGCUCUUUGUCCAGGGUGAGCAUUUCCGUUCAUAACCUUGGAGAGUGGGUCUGGGCGCCUGGGCAGAGGAGAGCUUAAGUCCCCCUUUCCAGUGGGUGUGCAAUGGGUGGGAGACGACUCCUGGGCACCGGAGACCUGGGGUGCACUGGCCCUGUGGGGGGCGGGGGGUGGGGGGCCAAGCCAGCUAAGGGGCUGCAAGUGUGAGUGAACACAGUGUGGUCCCCAAGGUGCGAUGCGUGUGAACCCGGGGCUCCAUGAGCUGUGGGGACACGGGGCCCUCAGCUUCAGGUGCUUGAAAAACAGGUAGCCACAGAGGCUUGGGCAUCUCCCUCACAGCUGGGGGUGGGGGGGCUCUCCACUCCUACCAUUAUAAAUGGGGGGGGGCUAGGUUGUCCAGCUUGCACCCCGCACUGGGCAGUGUUCGCAGAUUUCAGGCAUGGAGCUAGGGGAUGGGCUGGGAGCGAAGGGGCUCCCUGAGACCCUGUCUCUGCAGACGCUCUCCCCAGCCUGUGAGCUCCCUGGCCAGCCCCUGGGGCGGCUCCUUGCGUGCCUGUCCUUCUGGGGUUUGGGGCUGUUGUUACCCUGGAGGACUCCUGGGGGCCCUUCCGAGCAGUGGUCAGGCGCCAGCUUGCCACGCCCCCCGGGGGCACUGGAUGUGGAGCUCUGCACGUCCAGCCAGGAGUCCUGAGGCGGCGUCCCCUGCGGGUGCCGCGCUGUUCCACCUGCUCAGACAUGCCUGUUGGAUGUGUUAAGGUGUAGAGUCCUGGGCCAUGACCCAGACCUUCAGAGAGCUGCAGCGAGCAGAGCCCAGAGUGGGAGUUUCUGGCAGUUCUCAGCGUAGUGUACGAAGCACUGCCCCUCGGUUUCGGAAGCGGUAGGAGUCCAGGAUCCAGAGCAGAAAACAUUAACGCGUUUGGUGUGGUGUUUGAAAUUUCCACUACUGCCCAGGACUCGGGGACACCAGGAGCGCCAUCGUCUCGUCCGGGGCCGCCGGGGGGCUGGGCAGCAUGGUGCCCUCCGGCCAGGUGGUGGAGAAAGAGGAGCCCGCGGAGCCGGGGCCGGACCCGGAGCCGGACCCGGAGCUCAAGUCCUGGAGGUGCCUGGUGUUCUACCUGUGUUUCUACGGCUUCAUGGCGCAGUUGCGGCCGGGGGAGAGCUUCAUCACACCCUACCUCCUGAGCCCCGAUAAGAACUUCACUCGGGAACAGCCGAUCCUGCCCAUUCAGAGAAGCAGCUGCCUGGGAGCCACCUGGAUCCAGAUCCGGGCACGGUUCCUAUGCUUUGCGGUCAGCCUGGUCCUGGCCUGUCCGCACACUAGGCUCCUGGGAAGGCGUCCAGGCAACACUAGGCGGAGGCAUACAUGCGUCCCACUGUCAAGGACAAACCAGGUCACCAACGAGAUCACGCCGGUGCUGUCCUACUCGUACCUGGCAGUGCUGGUGCCCAUGUUCCUGCUGACCGACUACCUGCGCUACACGCCGGUGCUGGUGCUGCAGAGCGCGAGCUUCGUGGCGGCCUGGCUGCUGCUGCUGCUCGGCCGCUCGGUGCUGCACAUGCAGCUCAUGGAGCUGUGCUACAGCGUCACCAUGGCCGCGCGCAUCGCCUACUCCUCCUACAUCUUCUCGCUCGUGCGGCCCGCGCGCUACCAGCGCAUGGCCGGCUACUCCCGCUCCGCCGCGCUGCUCGGCGUCUUCACCAGCUCGGUGCUGGGCCAGCUGCUGGUCUCCGCCGCCGGCGUGCCCUUCUCCACGCUCAACCUCGUGUCGCUCGGCCUGCUGUGCUGCAGCCUGCUGCUCGCGCUCUUCCUGCGGCGGCCCCGGCGCAGCCUCUUCUUCAACCGCGACGCCGCCGCGCGCCGCGGGGCCGCCGCCUCCGAGCUGGCCCGCAUGAACCCGGCCGCGGCGCGGGGGGCCUGGCGGGACUGGACGCCGGCGCGUAUGCUCCGCGAGCUGGGGGCCACUGCGCACUCGCCGCAGCUGCGCCUCUGGUCCCUCUGGUGGGUCUUCAACUCGGCCGCCUACUACCUGAUCGUCUACUACGUGCACAUCCUGUGGAACGUGGUCCACCCCACCGCGGACAGCGCCUCGGUCUACAACGGCGGUGCGGACGCCGCGUCCACGCUGCUCGGUGCCAUCACCUCCUUCUCCGCGGGCUUUGUGAAGAUCCGCUGGGCGCUGUGGGCCAAGCUGGUCAUCGCGGGCGUGACGGCGGCGCAGGCGGCGCUGGUGUUCCUCAUGUACAGCACCAGCAACAUCUGGCUGUGCUACCUGGCCUUCGUGCUCUUCCGCGGCGCCUACCAGUUCCUGGUGCCCAUCGCCACUUUUCAGAUCGCGUCUUCUCUCUCUAAAGAGCUCUGUGCGCUGGUUUUCGGAGUGAAUACAUUCCUUGCCACCGUCCUCAAGACCAUCAUCACCCUCAUUGUCUCUGACAAGCGGGGUCUGGGCCUCCCGGUCCACUCACAGUUUUUCAUCUACUUCGUGUACUUCCUGGUGCUGUUUGGCGUCUACCUCUUGGGGGCCUUGGUGGUGGUCCUGCGGCAUUUCCGGGACGGCCGCCGCGCGCCCCAGCCCCCAGCGCUGAGCCCCGCGGAGGAGAAGGCCAUGCAGCCGCUGGCCACCCUGGAGCAGAGCCUGCAGCGUGAGGCCAAGGCCUGACCUCCGACCCCAGAGACCACCCCCAGGAUCCUCCACGCCCGGCGGCCUUGGCGUUUCAGGACAGACGCCCCGUCCACGUCCCCGCCUCUCGGUGUCAGCGAUCCAGGUGUCCGGCCUCAGCUACAUUCCAGGGUUCAGACUGUGGAACCAGUGACCAGCGGGGACCCUCCACGGCACCUCCCUGUGCCCUGCGCCCAGGGGCUACCUGCCUCAGGAGGGGCCAUGGCUUGUUUUACUGUGGCCUGAGGGUGGUGCCCCUCCGCCCUGCGUGGCACUCUGGUCCUGUCCCCUCACCCGCGGGGACACUCGGGCAGCUGCUGGGACACUGGGGGCUGCGCUGUCCCCGCCCACAUGUGGUGGGCAGUGGGGUUCAGGUGCCUCCUCAUCGUCACCCCCCACCCUGGGAGGCAGGCCCUGCUUGUCCCUGGGGACCCUUGACUGGGAUGGGGACUCGGCCCCGUAGCACGAGGCUGGGAGCCGGACGUCUGGGGCCCGUUUUCCAGGUACCUGCCUUAGUGCUCUUGCUUUUUUAAAAAAAAUUAACCUGAACGAGAAA